AUCACUUUUUCUUCGUUUUGCUUUUAUUGAACGCACAGUUUUUAAAGGCAAAUGCAAAAGCUAUCUUAACCUUGACGGAAGUUUGUUGUCAAGAUGUGUCUCCAAUUAAAUCGACGGGCUUCCUAAUGCAACCGCGCAGCGUGUCCAGGUACACGGCGCGAUUAUCUGCAUAUUUGCUUGGAGCGAAGCGCCGCAGAGCCUCCGAUGCCAUUACCUGCAACAUCAACAUUACCAUGUGCAUCACGAGCAGACUCCAGCUGACUUUGGCCAUUCUCAAGCCCGAUGUUUGCAAAAUACCGGUGAAAUUACAGGCCGUACGUCGGAUGAUUUUGGACCAUGAUUUCUUUUUCGUGAGGAGCAAGGUGAAGAACUACUCCAAAGAGGAGAUUGAAAAGUUCUAUGGUGAACAUCGCGAGAAGUUCUUCUUCGACAGGCUCACAAGCUAUAUGUCAAGCGGUCCACUGUCUGUCCACAUCCUGGCGAAGGAAGAUGCCAUCCGGGAGUGGAGAACGCUGCUGGGCCCCACCAAGGUCUCCAAGGCAGUGUUUGAGGCGCCAUUAUCCAUCCGUGCGCGGUUCGGACUCACGGACACUCGGAAUGGUGCACACGGAGCAGAUUCCGAGGCCUCCGCCAAGCGCGAGAUGGGUUUCUUCUUCCCCGAGUUCGAUCCGCAGAAGUGGCACGCCGAGGAGGAGCACCGCUUCCUCACCGAGAAGCUGAUGUUCGACGAAGAGCGCUGCGUCCACGUGCCGAUCAAAGAGCAGCGCAGCGAGACGCUGCGCGAGUAACGCCUGCUACGGCACCCUACGAUUCACUGUACGAGCCGACAGGUAGCUGCACAGGCAAACGGGUCUAUUCUACGUUUCACCUCACGACGGGCCGCAGAGGGCGCUGCGGGUCGUCGAAGCCAAUUCCACGUCCCGCGAGUGCUGCGUAACGACCUUCGGGAGAGGACCGGCGGCGGUCAGGGCGGGCGGGCACUAGACGAGUUGACAACGCUGGAUAGGCGGGGACGGUUCGUGGCACGGUCUUCAGAUUACCCGGCCAGAGACGUUUUUGUCACGCCAUAGAAAGUUUUUCUGGGGUACGAAAUCGAAGAACCAGAGGCACACUGUCAAUGUUAUGACUCCGCCAAUGAGACCGCUCAAACGCAAAUUUCAAAAAACCUCGCUGGAAAAAAAAAAAAAAAAAAAGUUGCUGGAUGCGUGUGUUUUUUUGUCGAACCCUCGCAGAACUGUUGAAAAGAUGGAAGAUUGGAAGUGCCCCCCUAUACUUGAGACCUACAGGCAGUAUUAUUUCAGAAUCGAAACGCCCUGUGAGGGACGCUACUAAAAGUUUUCAUGACGUUUUUAUUCUUUUAACUUUUCGUUUCUUCUUUAUUUUUGUGGUCGCCACGAGUGGCGACCACAAAAAAAUGUCGUCGCCAGUCGUGUCGACGACAUUUAUAAGUGCAGAAACUGCCAAAGUUUUAGAAUAGUAAGUAGUACAUCUAGCUUCCGCUGCGGUCCACCAUGAGGUAAAGCAGAGUAUAGCCGGCGUCAACGACGACCACGCAAGACGACGGACCAAUUGCGCGUUUUGUGACAGGACGCCGUCUGGGACACAACUGGGAUCGGGCGACCAAACCCGCACGUCGCCUAGGAAUCAAUAUAUUUAUUUCUGCAAACGAAAUACAAUGCCAGAGACGGUAAGAAAAAAAAAAAAAGGGGGGGGGGGGGGGUUGGAGUUGGGAAACGGAACGUCCGUAGCCAGCUAGACUGUGAUAUUCCACACUUUCCGAUGGUGGUGAGAGGACGCUCUCCACCAGAUGACGCCACACGAUGGCAGUCACUUGUAAUCGUUGACAGUUAAAAUUCAAGGAAGCGGACGAAGCGAUUGAAUUCGCUUCGUCUGCUAAACUAAGCACAAGUCACAAUUAGAUACAAGAACGAACACCACCGUAGAAUACCGCGCAUCCGCCCAUUCCACACUAAGCGCCCAUACCCAAAUUUGUAAGAUCUGAGAAAAUAUGCACAGUAGAUUGAUAUGUAAAAUUGAUGACCGGACAAGCGCCCAUCUCCCAUUUUUUCACGAUUAUCUCUAAAUUUUGAGUGGGCUCUUGCCCGGUAUUUUAUGGUAGGUAGUCGGAGUUUUGGCCGCUCCUGCGGUAUCGACCAUUGCGCUGUCUGGUAGCCCGCUCAUCAAUCAAUGUGGUGGUGCCACGUUAGGUAGUUCUUUUGUGCAGCGGCGAAGUCUCCAUAGCCGUCUGCUCGUCUUCAAACCACGUUUUAGAACCCAAGCGUAUAUGUUGUUAGUAUUGCGUGAUAAGUAGCGUUCCCCGUUACAAACUAAACAAAGCGGCGCUAACAUGUGCAUUUAGUGCGCACGGUUAGCGGAAGUCUGGCAACGCUAGCCGGAAAUAAGGCAAAACAGUGGGUGCCGAAGCUUCUGGCCGUAGUCCAAAGUACAAUGGGAAGCUGCGGAUUCAGUAUUUUGUUUUAGAGAGAUCACAUUUUCAACGUCCACAAUCUAUAGUAAUCACUAUUUUUAUAUGCACGCGACGGGAUAGUGGGAAGCGUGGGUUGUUGUUUGCACCAUUUUUCUAGUCGUGAGUGUAUGUAUGUACAUAUAUAACGAACCACUGAUUUACAUUAAUGGAAGUGCAAUGUAUCAACUGCAUAAAACUGUUUUGACUUGAGCAGUGGAAUAAAUCAUAUUUAUUGCUUUUCA